AUGGCCUUUCAAUUUUUUGGUUAUCUUAGCAUGGAUGUUCAAAAACAGUUGUUAAAAUCAAUUACUCAAGCAAAAGGGAGUAAUCAAACAUUUAUAUUCGGACAUCAUCCUACAUCUACAGUUGUAUCACAGGAUUUGAAUUUACGUUCAUUAAUUGGCGAUAAUGCAUUUGCUUACCUAUGUGGUCAUUUACAUACACUUCAUGGAACGACAAAAAGAAUGUAUGUAUCACAGCCUCAAGGAUACUGGGAAUGGGAAUUGGGUGACUGGCGAGAAAACCGUUACUAUCGAAUUGUAGCUGUUGAUCAUGAUUUAGUUUCAUUUGUUGAUGUGGUUAAAUCAACUAAAAAUAGUGGAGUUACUGAAUGGCCAAUCAUUUUAAUUACAAAUCCAAAGAAUUCUCAAUUUCUAUUGCCUAAUAAAGAACCUGUUGAUAGGAUCAAAUCAUCCACACAUAUAAGAAUCUUAGUUUGGUCAAAAUGGCCAAUACAGUCAGUUUCUGUAAAAAUUAAUGAUAUUUUUCAAGGAUAUGCUCAACCGGCCACAUUAGUUGACGAUGAUACUAUAACACCCACCACACAGUCACCAUUAUACAUUCUAUCCUGGAACCCAUCGCAGUGGUCAGAUGCGUCUCACUCCUUUCAUACAAUCGAAGUUACAGCUAAGGAUACAUUUGGUAAUCAGCGUACAGUUACUCAACCAUUUAGUUUUCAAGAUCCUACUGAAUUCAAAACUGGGUUUCUAUCGAGAUAUUUUAUUUCAACUAAUUUAUCAACUAGUGUUGCUGUUCUCUAUUAUAUGUUAUGGAUACUAAUGUGUACCUUUGUUAUAUUACCUCGAUUUUUUCAUCGUCCACGUUUCAUUGGCUGUUUAUAUCGUACAAGACUUGGAAAGGGCAUGUAUAGGCUGUCUUCAACUAAUCGUAUACUGUUUGUUGUAUUAAUAUAUAUGCUGUACAGCAUUUCAUGUCCAAUAUUCAUGGGCUACCUGGUGGACGACGAAUUCGGUUACGUUUUCUGUUAUGGUAUUUAUAUUAAUGGCAUAUAUCUUCCGGAGCAACUCACAUAUGUCCUGGCAGCAGCUCAACUGCUCCUGCUUUUCAUCUUCUUGUUAUCAUUUUCUAUACAUUGUGGUAAACGACAAUUUGAUCCAAUUACUUCUUUGGAUAAAGAACAAAUAACACAAUACUCAGAUAAUUCUCUUCGUACCAGUAAUAGAGGUGGAAUUCGUUUUAGUCGAUUUCACAUUCAAAUUAAAAGUAAUUCUUCUCGAUGUAUACUUAUUGCAUUAGUUGUUCACACAUUCAGUCAAUUAGUUGCUGCUUUGAUUUUUAUCUGGUUCCCAUAUGGCUUUAUAGCAUUUCUAUUAAGUCCUGGUUGUAUAUUGCCUAUCAUUGUUUCAUGGCUUCUGUUUAUUUUUUGUCCACAACCUGAUCAUGUUAAACAUUCUGCCCAGUAA